GAUGCAUCACGCGCAGCUUGAACGUUUGACGCUGGCUGGCUCUGCUAUGUCUCCGCGACUGGACGUCUGCUAUCUGUGCAACCGGAGGAGGCGCCUCUUGUGCGUCUCUCAUACAGGAAUGUAGCGUAGAAAAGGCUAUCGAUAUGGCUGCAAACCAAGCAAUCGGGAGUAAGAAGGGAAAGGGGCCCCCUUUCCGAAGCCACUCGUUUUCGGAGUACAGUUACAGUAGCUUUGGCCACGUGACGGCAGAUGGCAACACGGUAUCAAUGGCGAACCAGCCUACCCAAGAUGAGCCAAGUUCGCUAUCGCAGCGUCGGACCGUCGACUUGAGCGCAUGCUUAGGACUCUGUUGUGAAAGCGUUAUUGCAAAGAAGUCUGAUUUUCUACGCAAAAUGCCAAACAUCAAAGUGUUCGCCGGAUCGUCCCACGUCGAACUGGCACAGAAAGUCGUCGACAGGUUAGGCAUCGAGUUGGGCAGAGUGGUGCUGAAGAAGUUCAGCAAUCAAGAAACUUGCGUGGAAGUCGGAGAAAGUGUGCGUGGAGAAGAUGUGUACAUCAUACAGAGUGGUUGUGGAGAAGUCAACGACAAUCUCAUGGAGCUGCUCAUCAUGAUCAAUGCCUGCAAGAUCGCAUCGGCAUCUCGUGUUACGGCAGUGAUACCGUGCUUUCCAUAUGCAAGGCAAGACAAGAAAGAUAAGAGUCGAGCACCCAUCUCAGCCAAGCUGGUAGCGAACAUGCUCUCAGUAGCUGGAGCAGACCACAUCAUCACAAUGGACCUUCACGCUUCACAGAUUCAGGGAUUUUUCGACAUUCCUGUGGACAACCUGUACGCCGAACCAGCGGUGCUCAAGUGGGUCCGCGAGAAUAUCCCUGAAUGGCGAACGAGCAUCAUUGUGUCCCCUGAUGCUGGGGGGGCUAAGAGGGUGACUGCAAUUGCUGACCGUCUGAACGUUGAGUUUGCCCUGAUUCACAAGGAGAGAAAGAAGGCCAACGAAGUGGCCAGCAUGGUGCUGGUCGGUGAUGUCAAAGAUAGAGUUGCCAUUUUGGUCGAUGACAUGGCUGACACAUGCGGGACCAUCUGUCAUGCUGCUGACAAGCUAAUGGAAGCUGGUGCCAGCAAAGUUUACGCGAUCUUGACCCACGGCAUCUUUUCGGGUCCCGCAAUUUCUCGAAUCAACAAUGCCUGCUUUGAAGCUGUUGUCGUUACCAAUACAAUUCCACAAGACCAGCACAUGAAGGAAAGCACCAAGGUUCAGUGUAUCGACGUAUCCAUGAUACUUGCAGAAGCCAUACGCAGGACUCACAACGGAGAAUCUGUUUCCUACCUGUUCAGUCAUGUACCCAUGUAACAAGGUACCCCAUCCCCCCCUCCCCACUUCCUCAUCCCCCUUUCCCUUCACCCCCAUCUAAUGGCAGUAGCUCUUACAACAGGUUCUUUUGAAAUGUAGAUGUCAUGUGAUUUUUUUUUUUUUUCGUUCUCUUCUUUUAGCAUGCUGAAAAUGUGACAAACGAUACGGUCUUAUUUUCGAGUCGAGUUAAUGAUGUGCGACAUGCACUGUGCAGAAAAUUUGUGUGACCAUAGAUCUUUUAAUCGGGAUAUCGCUACCAGGAUCCACAGUUUCCUUUUUUCUCCUGCUUCUCAUCUUCGUCAAGAAUGUGUCAUAGCACUGAAGCACCAUGGUAGCACGAGAAACUGAGAAAUAGCACAUGGCUCGCUCACUAUGUUCAUAGUGUGUUGGUAUGCACAGGUUGCCAUGGAUGUUUCAUGUGAAGUGAUCAUCGAGUGUCCUACAUAAAAGGGUGUAAUCGAAUAUUUUUAAGUACUACUUUGUAUUACUGAUAUACGCAACCAUCAAAAGUUUUGACACCUGUGGUACAAGCCGCUACACACAUAAGUGAACUAUCCAGUAAAAUUUGGGUAACCAACACUUACAUUGUCAAUAUAUUGUCCUCUCACGGUUCUGGACAUAUUUUUUCAGGGUGUUUCUAAGGGACUCCUAUGCUAUUGCCGAGUGCAUCUUCCCAUUACUUUGCCCCAUUACUUUCUUCCCAUUAAACAAAUUUGAGCCGCAAAGAUGCCACACUGCAUUUAAAUGAUGCUAAUAGUACAUGAAAGUGCCAUUACGUUAUUGUGUGACAACAAUAUUUAGCUCACACUUAGUGUGAUUCACGUGCGACUGAUCGAUGGCCGACGUUUCCUCAAAAGUGAUUCCCUAUAUUGCUGUUGCUUAUCAUAGAUUUCCUUGCAGACUGUUUUUUACUUGUUAAAUUUUAAGGGGAUUAAAGUUGACUAAGUAAGAAGUUGUUUGAUAUUUCCUGCUGUCCAGCUAACUUUUGAAACUCCUCUGGUGGAUAGUGCUGUGAUAAUGAUAGCAAACGUUAUGUACCAGGAGGGGUUGCAGAGUCAACUGGCAACGAGAGAAAAAAAAAAAGAGUCAUCAGUUCAUUGUUUCAGUAUGACCCUUUUAUUUUCUGUUGUCACUUCUCCAUUAUAUAACUACAGGGUUAGUCUAUAGAUAGUCAUCAUAAAAAUAGAAGACUGGGUUUAGCCUUCCCCAAACUUUGAAGACUGAUAGCCAUUUGUCUGAAGUUUUAUUGGAAUUUUUUUGUAAGCACUAUGGUCAUGUAGAAAGAAAAUUAAAAAUCAAGCAAAAUCUUGCCCCGUGCAUUUUCAAUGGCCUAUCUCGCGCAAACACCGCCAUUUUUUCUUGUGUCUGCUUCACAUUUACAUCACCUCACACAUGUGGCGCUGCCUAGAACGAUGUGACGUGUCCAUUCUGACGUUAUGCACCAAUCCUCUUCUUCUGUAUGUUGACGCCACCGGUGUGUGGUGAAAUGAAAUUGAAGCGCACACAGGAGAAAAUGGCGGCUUUUGAGUGCGAUUGGCCAUAGAAAAUGCAUAGAGUGAGAUUUUGCUUGCUUUUUAGUUUUUCUUCUACAGGACCAUAACGCUCACAAAAAAUUCCAACAAAACUUCAGACAAACGGCUAUCGGUCUGUGAAGUUCGGGGUUGGCUAAAGCCCGUCUUAUAUUUUUACGAUGCAGUCGAAAUGCGUAACGUUUGCUAGACUAACCCUGUAGAAUAGAAAUUCACGUGAAUCACACUUGUAGCUCUAAGCUGAGCAUUAUGUGUACUGGUUAAUCCUUGAAUCAUUUUAUUGUACGUAGAAGGCUUUUCAUGUUAACAUUCAGAAACGGGAUACUGCAUGUGCACACUCUGAAUGUUGCAGCAUGUGAAAUAUUUUACGACAAAGCAGACAAAAAAUACUGAAAAAAAAAGUAUAUAUACAGUGUAUGUUUUGUUUCUGAUGUUUCAGAUUAUAGAUGUUACACAAUUUUUCAGUGAAGCAAUUUGUAGAAAUUACCAAGGUAUGCCUCUGGCCCCUGUACUUCAAGAUAUGCCUUUGUAAGGGAUUGGCAUACGAGGUAGAAAGUGAGCAGCUUUACGUUCGAGUGCCAUUCUUUUAGAGACGACUGUUUUUCAUGCAUUCCAAGACAGUGAAGUGCAACGACAGCUAGUAAUGUUGACUUCCUGGAAUAAAGAGUUUUAAUGAC